CCUUUAGGUAAGCUUGCAGCUAUCUUUCUUGGAAGGGAUUUUCGUUGUCUGAGGGAAGGUUGCUGUUGUCUGUUGAGCUUAAUUUCCUUCAUUAGCUCAGCCAUAUAAUCUUUUCAUCCAUUUUAGGUACCCAUCGGAGAUGCUGUAAAUCUCCAGAUUUUUUCAUUUGUUGCCGUAUCAUCUGGGAUGAGUGUCAAUGGAAAUGAUGCUUGAUUGUUCUCUCAAGUAAUCAAAAUGCACCAUUUAACCACUCAGGGUUUCACAUACAAAGCAUGAAGAUAUCUGGUUUCACUUGUCUAAAAGUUACAUUGGAAUCUCUGUUAUAGAAGGUAAUACUUACUAGUUCGCAUCACCAAGUCAAUGGUGUCCUACCAAUCACGUGAACGACUGGAGUAAAUCCUUUAGUCUCUAUCGAGUAAAUGAAGGAAAAGAAGAACGGGACACUUGUCAUUCAGGUGAAGGAAAAGACAGAAGGAAAUGAAUGGGUGGGAGUGAGAGAGAUGUGAGGAGUGGCAGGCACGGGUGCGGGCAAAAGAUACACCGACGGAGAGGUUUCUCUUCACCUUCCAAGCAACCCCCUACACGACCCUCUCUCUGUCUCAAAAUCACGUCGCAUAUCCUUUUUGAAAGAAAUAAAAUAAAAAAAUCGAAGAGUAUAAUAAGUCAUAGAAUCGGAUAAUAUCAGAAGGAAUUUAAGUUCCUUGAUUCUCUCCAUUUUUGAAAUCUUUGCCACAGCCAUUUUUUGUUUCUGGGUUUAGGCCGCAAUAAUGAAAGUUACUCAACCACUCGCUAACGGAGUUACAGAGGUGUCUUCUCCGAAUGAUCGUCAAGAAGAGGAAGUCUCAAAGGGAGAAGUCUUAGAUUCAGGACCGAGCGGGAGGCGCUCAGAUCUUUCACUUCAAAUACCUCAUAAGCCCAUUGGUUUUGGCAGUAGUCAUAGUGGAAAGGGUUUACUGAAAUCUCAAGCUUCGAACAUAGGUAGUCCAUCGUCUGGAGGCUUCUUGCGGGGUCUAAGCUUCAAGAAAAAAAUUUCCAUAGCUGAAGGUGAAAGAAGCUCCCUCCUCAAUUCAGACUCCAGGACAGCACUUGAAAGUCCAAUCGUGGCUAGUUUCAAGGCUGCAUUUUCCUGGAAAAGGUCUACAUCUCUUCCACUUUCUCAUGAGGCAGGCUUCUCCCCUUCAAUUCCCACACCUACUUCUGCUAGGAUGCCUGGUGAACGUCAUAAAACCAAUAAAGGGGUAGUUAAUGGUGUGGUUUCAAGGUCAUUGUCUGUUCCAGGGAAAAAUGUUGUCAUAGUAAGAUCCAUGUCUUUUCCUGCCAAUAGAGAGCACAUUAUGUCAGAAUCUAGCAAUGUAGAUCAAAUAACACCUGUCCCAAUGGGCUGUGACGACGAAGAGAUUCCAGAAGAAGAAGCUGUGUGCAGGAUCUGUCUGGAUGCAUGUGAAGAAGAUAACACACUCAAAAUGGAAUGCAGUUGCAAAGGUGCCCUCAGACUUGUACAUGAAGAAUGCGCAAUUAAGUGGUUUAGCACAAAAGGAAACAAGAAUUGUGAUGUAUGUGGGCUAGAGGUCCGGAACUUGCCUGUAACUUUGUUUCGUGUGACAAGCUCUGCUCAAAGCAAUAACAGACAGGGACGGAGUUCGACUUCGCAAGCUAUAAGUGCAUGGCAGGACUUUGUGGUGCUUGUGUUAAUUAGCACCAUAUGCUAUUUCUUCUUCCUGGAACAGCUACUGAUUCUGGACUUAAAGACUCGAGCAAUCAUAAUCACUGCCCCAUUUGCGUUUACCUUGGGGCUUUUGUCGUCUACUUUUGCAGUCAUACUAGCAAUCAAGGAGUACAAAUGGACGUAUGCUGCUUUGGAGUUUUCACUUGUAGCCAUCAUUGUCCAUGUAUUAUACAGUGUGCUUCAUCUGAAGGCAGUUUAUGCCAUAUUGCUUUCUUCAUUUCUGGGCUUUGGAUUGGCUAUGAGCCUCAACUCAUUGUAUCUUCAAUAUUUUGCUUGGAGAGUUCAGGUCGCAGAGGAACGUCACCCGGUUUGACCAUAAACCGGCCAGGGUCUAUGUUCAAGCCUUUUGUUCUGCUCAUCUAUGGAUAUAUUUCUGAUGUAUAUAUAUGUUACACAUCUUUAACUCCCACAAAGCAUCAAGAGUUAUGUUCUGUAAAUGAAUAAAGUGAGGUUGCAGGUCUUUUCUUCCUUUAUGUCAUAGCAGCCUCAUUGCAUGGUUGGAACA